GUCCCAUAAACCCAAAAAGAAGAAGAAAAUAAAAAACUACAAGACGAUGUGGAUUCAGAUACUGAACUAAACUCAACAAAAGUAUCAGAAAAACACAUAGAUAUAGAAAUGUCAGAACCAAAAUCCCAAAACGACGUCGUAACAAUGUCCCCUGAAAACCCUAUCGAACAAAAUCAAGAUUUAGAAUCAUACUCUCCAGAUUCUUCCUCCGAACAACAACAACUAAAUUCAAUUGCAAAAACAACCCAAAAACAACAAGAUCCAAACCCUAGCCAACCUCGAAAACGACGUCGGCGUAAGAAAUUCUUCACUGAAUUAACCGCAACAACAUCACUUUCCAAAACCCGCAAAAACGACGUCGCUAAAGAUACCGAUGUUGAAGCCCUAAUUGCUAUUUCCGUUGGGUUUCCCGGUGAUUCGUUAACGGAGGAAGAAAUUGAAGCUAAUGUUGUUAAAACCCUAGGUGGUUCUGAACAAUCGAAUUAUAUAAUUGUUCGGAAUCACAUUCUUGCUCGGUGGCGAUCCGAUGUUAAUGUUUGGUUGACUUAUGAUCGGGCUUUGAAGUCGAUUCGAUCGGAACAUAAGGGUUUGGUCGAAUCGGCUUAUAGGUUUUUGAUUGAGCAUGGUUAUAUUAAUUUCGGUGUUUCGCCGGAAAUUAAAGAGGCGAAAGUUCGGUCUUUUGAUGGGGUUGAGAGGGGGAGUGUGAUUGUUAUUGGAGCUGGGUUAGCGGGUUUGGUUGCGGCGAGACAAUUGGUCUUUUUAGGAUUUAAAGUUGUGAUUUUGGAAGGUAGGAAUCGGCCGGGUGGGAGAGUUAAGACUAGGAAGAUGUGUGGUGGUGAUGAUGGUGGUGUUGAGGCUGCGGCGGAUUUCGGUGGAAGUGUUCUUACUGGUGUUAAUGGGAACCCUCUUGGUGUUCUUGCUAGACAAUUGGAUUUGCCACUUCAUAAGGUUAGGGAUAUUUGUCCUCUUUAUAUGCCUGAUGGAAAAUGUGUUGACUCUGAGAUUGAUUCUAGGGUUGAGGUUUUGUUUAAUAAAUUGUUAGAGAGGGUUUGUAAGCUUAGGCAGGCUAUGAUCGAAGAGAUUAAGAGUGUUGAUGUUCCUUUAGGGACGGCGUUGGAGGCGUUUCGUAGGGUUUAUAAGGUUGCCGAAGAUAAGGAAGAGAGGAUGUUGUUGAAUUGGCAUCUUGCUAAUUUGGAGUAUGCAAAUGCUACUCUUAUGUCUAAUUUGUCUAUGGCUUAUUGGGAUCAAGAUGAUCCUUAUGAGAUGGGUGGUGAUCACUGUUUUAUUCCUGGAGGGAAUGAGACGUUUGUUCGUGCGUUGGCUGAGGGUCUUCCGAUUUUCUAUGGGAAGACAGUGAAUUGGGUUAGUUAUGGAAGUGAUGGUGUAUUGGUGUGUGCCGGGGGGCAACAGUUUCGCGCGGACAUGGCCCUUUGUACUGUUCCUUUAGGAGUGCUUAAGAAAGAGUCGAUUCAGUUUUUCCCUGAUCUUCCUCAGAAGAAGAAAGAUGCUAUUCAUAGGUUAGGAUUUGGGUUGCUGAAUAAGGUUGUGUUGCUGUUUCCGACUAAUUUCUGGGGUGGGAACAUUGAUACGUUUGGUCACUUGGCUGAGGACUUGAGUAUGAGGGGUGAGUUUUUUCUGUUCUAUAGCUACGCUUCUGUGUCUGGAGGCCCGCUUCUUGUGGCUCUUGUUGCCGGGGAAGCUGCUAUUAGGUUUGAGAUGAUGUCGCCUUUCGAGUCUGUCAAAAGGGUAAUGAAAAUUCUGAAGGAUAUUUUUCAUCCGAAGGGGAUCGUUGUUCCGGAUCCUGUUCAAGCUGCCUGUACUCGAUGGGGAAAAGAUCCAUUUGCGAAUGGAUCUUAUUCUUACGUUAAGGUUGGAUCUUCAGGAGAUGAUUAUGAUAUACUUUCAGAGAAUAUUGGAGGGAGAGUAUUCUUUGCUGGAGAGGCAACUAGCAGACAGUAUCCUGCAACAAUGCAUGGAGCAUUUCUUAGUGGAAUGAGAGAGGCUGCAAACAUUUUGAGAGUGACAAGGUGGGAGUCUAAAACGCCCUGCUACACAACGAAAAACGUCGCCGUUCAGGACAAUGAUUUGAACAAACUGUUUGCAAAACCUGACAUGAGUUUCGGUAGCUUCUCUGUGUUGUUUAAUCCAAACCCGAACAAUCUCGACUCUAGUUCAUUACUAAGGGUUAAAAUUGGAAGAGAUGCAGUGGAUUGUCCCUGUCUUUAUCUUUAUACAUUGCUUUCAAAGAAGCAGGUUAUUGAGUUGAGUCAGGUCGAUGGAGACGAGAACAGAAUGAAAAUGUUAAAUCGCGAUUUCAGGGCGAUGUUAGUUGGGAGGAAGGGUUUAUGUAGCACUGCUGAAUCUCUUAUUGAUAACAUAAAGUUGUUCAGAUCUGAACUUAAAGAAGCAGAAAAUGGUCUUGUGCCAGGGAAGGAAAGUUCUUAGUAGUAAGAGUAAGGACCGUGGAAAAGUAGAACCACUUGGCUCUAGCCUCUAGUGUUUUUAUUCAAAUUUUCAACAUGACUAGAUUAAUUUCUGACUUUUUUUUUCUCCUCAAUGUUGGCAAUUUUUCUCAAUGAUUUUCUAUACUGAACUUACUGACCUGUCACUGUUGUAUUAUAUUCUUUUAUGAUUCAUAUUUGUAUGUAGAAAUGUUCACUGCCAACUUUGUUAAUUACCAAUAUUCCUUCAAUUCAUUUCAGCAAACAAUGCUUGUUUCA